AUGAGUAAUCUUCAAGAAAGCGAGCAAGAAGUAUUAGAGAGUAUUGGUAAAGAUGUAUUGGAGAGCUGGUCAAAUGAAAAUAUUAAACCUCUUUAUCCAGAUAACGGAAAUGAUUCUGUUCAUCAGUUAAUUGCAAUGCUUUCAACACCAAAAAAUGAUCUUCCAGACAACUGGCAAGAAAAAUUCAGAAAGAUUGUUGAUAGUUUAAGUCCGAUUGAUUUCGCAAUUUAUGGUAAAAACAUUUCGUACUUCCUAUUAUCUAAUACAAGGACCAAGAACAAUGGGGACUAUCAAAUCCGUCAUAAAUCACAUAAAAAACAUUCAGAUUAUUAUCAGAUGAAGGCUCUUGCAGCCAAAAGGUAUAAGAAGCUAGAUAUACCGCCUAGAAACUUCCCAGAAUGGCUUCCUACAAUCUAA